AUGGUAAGCAGUGAUGCAAUCGUUGAUGGGUUCGAGUACCGGAGUUCCGAGUACCCGGAUAGUGCAACUAUCCGUAGUGCACCUACCAAACGUGCGCCUACCUGCGUGCCUGUGCCUACCUGCGUGCCUGUGCCUACCUGCGUGCCUGUGCCUACCUGCGUGCCUGUGCCUACCUGCGUGCCUGUGCCUACCUGCGUGCCUGUGACUACCUACGUGCCUCAUCUACCUGCGCUUCCAGCGUCUGCUAGCGCGCUGUACACCUACCCGCCUGCCGCUGCCGAGCUGCCUGACUACCCAGGAUAG